AUGGUCGUGACCCUCCCUCUUCCUAGCCAAGUUGUGCGAUACUUUCCUCAAGAGAUGGUCAGCUUCUUGCAAUGGUUCGCGUUCUGGUCUUUCUCUGGACUCCUCAUCAUACCUUGGCUCAUCUGCGUAUAUCAGCUCGUCACCCACUCUGUCGGAAAAACAAAGCGUAUCAAACACGUCCUCGAUGAGGAUUCGGCUCCCAAGGUUGUCAUCGUCAUGCCUUGCUACAAAGAGAUUCCCGAGAUCUUACUUAGGACCGUCGACUCUCUGGCCGAUUGUGAAUAUCCUCCCUCUUGUUUGCAUAUCUUCCUUUCUUUUGACGGAGACCAAGAGGACGAACUCUACCUCAAGACAAUUGAGCAACUCGGUGUUCCUCUGACGCUAGACACAUACCCUAAGAGUAUCGAUGUUACUUACAGAAGCACUCGCGUCACCAUCUCUCGUUUCCCCCACGGCGGCAAGCGACACUGCCAAAAGAGGACAUUCAAGCUGAUUGACAAGGUGUAUGCCGAAUACCUGAAGCGCAACGACAAUCUCUUUGUUCUCUUCAUCGACUCCGAUUGCAUUCUCGACAAGGUGUGCAUCCAAAACUUCAUGUACGAGAUGGAGUUGAAGCCUGGAAGCAAGAGAAACAUGCUGGCUAUGACUGGAGUCAUCACCUCUACAACAGAAAAGCACAGUUUGAUCACGGUUCUGCAAGACAUGGAGUAUAUUCACGGUCAACUGUUCGAGCGAUCGGUUGAGUCGGGUUGUGGUGCUGUUACGUGUUUGCCAGGGGCCUUAACGGUCCUGCGUUUCUCUGCUUUCAGAGCAAUGGCCAAAUACUACUUUGCGGACAAGGCAGAACAGUGUGACGACUUGUUCGACUAUGGUAAAUGCCAUUUGGGAGAAGACAGAUGGCUUACCCAUCUUUUCAUGAUCGGCGCCAAGGAGAAAUACCAGAUUCAGAUGAACACUGGCGCUUUCUGCAAGACGGAGGCUGUACAGACAUACCAAAGUUUGCUCAAACAACGUCGACGAUGGUUCCUUGGAUUCAUCACCAACGAAGUAUGCAUGCUUACAGACGUCCGUCUUUGGAGACGCUACCCGAUCCUCUGCCUAGUCCGAUUUGCACAAAACACCAUCCGAACCACUGCUCUUCUCUUCUUCAUCAUGGUCAUCUCGAUCAUCACGACAUCUCAGAAGAUCUCCAAUCUGCCUGUUGGAUUCAUUGCUGUUUCUCUCGGUCUGAACUGGGUCCUGAUGCUGUACUUUGGCGCCAAGCUUGGACGAUACAAGAUCAUGAUGUACCCUCUGAUGUUCAUCAUCAAUCCCUUCUUCAACUGGGCGUACAUGGUGUACGGUAUCUUCACUGCAGGACAGAGAACUUGGGGAGGACCGCGUGCCGAUGCCGGAGCAGCAAACUCUACUACCACACCACAGGCUGCCAUCGAACACGCAGAAGCGACGGGUGACGAUUUGAAUAUCGUGCCAGAAACCUUCAAGCCAGCAGUCGAGGCCAUCACACGAAAGAAGUCUGUCAAGAACAGAAAUGUGCUUCCGGACCAGCGUCUCGAGGGCAAGUUUGCAGCACCCGAGCUCAUGCCUGGCGGAUGGUACAGGCAGGCGGUCGAUUCUACAAAUACUCUUCCAGAUAUCGCCAAUCAUCCAGCCAUGCGCAGAAUGAGUUGGGAGUCGAUGGUGACAGCCACUUCAGGUCACAACUCGAUCUAUCUUCCCCGACGAAUCGAAUCGAUCAUGGGACCAGAAGAUCAGAAUCUGUACCACAACGCACAAGCCCGGCAAAGACCGGCUGGUGGACUGCACUACGAGCAAGAAGAGCAUGAGACCAGUCGACUCGACACAGGAACAACCCUUAAGNGGGGUUACUCGGUGUCGGUACGAUCGGCGAGCGACGACGAAUCGACGACAUAUGGACAUGGAAGAAUGGAUUCAGAGAACAGUGACAUGAGCGUGGCACAUAGAAAAGCUCUAGCGGGGGCAGAGAAAGUACUAGCGGUCCCGGGAAGAACAAGACAAGCGCAUGACCAUGGAAGCGACCGCAGCAGGUCAGGCAAGAGUCCAUUGGCGCGAAGGAGUUUUGUCAGGUCGGCGUCAGAUUUGCUGCUAGACGAGGGUCAGGGAGGCCAGGCGAUAGAGAUGAGAGAGCAGGGGUCGGUCCUCGAGGUCCCCAGGNCGCCCGCUGCACCUACGCCCACGGCUGCUACCGCACUCGGUCCCGAGAUCCAACCUCCACCGAAAGAGGUCGUGGAGGAGAAGAGUAAGAAGGAGCGCAAGAAGUUGAGUAAGACUCGACCUGGCAGCAGUGGGAGCGGGAGAUAG